UCCUCUCACAGAUGUGCGCUUCGACCAAACUCUAACUGGAAUGCUGGGAAGCAGACGAGGGAUGAGACGUCAAUAAAUAGUGAAACUACAAAAGACAAGAUUGGGGGGAACACAAGUUUACCGUCGCGUUCCGCGAUGGAGAGAACCAACUUUACGCACGGACCUGACUCUUUCGCUUUACCGAUUUUUAUGUUUGCCGGAGGCGCCAUCGGGAAUUUAAUCGCAAUAUUCGUUCUCUCAGUAUCGAUACGGGAGAAGAAAUCGUCGGCUUUCUACACGCUGGUGUGCGGUCUGGCGGUGACGGAUCUGCUCGGCACCUGCCUGGCCAGUCCGCUCACCAUCGCCGACUACCUGGACCCGAAGGUGCUCAUGAUACCACGUGUCUGCGAGUUUCACUCCUUCCUGCUGCUGUUUUUCGGUUUGACAGGACUGAGCAUCAUAUGCGCCAUGGCGGCAGAGCGCUACCUGGCGAUCUGCUGCCCGUACACCUACCAGCGGUGGCGGGUGGACCGCGGCUUCGCGCUGAAGUUCCUUUUCCUGAUUUACAUCAGCCACAUCUUCUUCUGCUGCCUGCCGGCGAUGGGCGCGUCGGUCAGCGAGCUGCAACAAUCCGGCAGGUGGUGCUUCAUCAACUGGAGGACACCCGAGCCCGUGGCCGCCGCGUACUGCGCCCUGUACGGCGUGGUCAGCCUGAUGCUCAUCCUGGGCACCAUCGUGCUCAACCUGGCGGUGUGUUCGGCGCUGCUGCUGAUGCGGCGGAGGAGCGCGCGGCGGCCCGUCACCAGGGGCAGCCAGAGGCGGACGGCGCUGUCCUCCACUGCGGAGACGCAGAUGAUCGCGGUACUGGUGACGACCUCCGUGGUGGUUCUGGUCUGCUCGGCCCCGUUGGUGAUCCGCGUGUUUCACAACUGUUUCAUUCUGAAAGAAGACUCCGAAGCGGACCUGUCUUCCAUCCGGAUAGCCGCCGUGAACCCCAUCCUCGACCCCUGGAUCUACAUCCUCCUGAGGAGGUCCCUGUUCCAGCGGAUAUUGGGUCUAACGCGGCGAGGAAGGAGGACUCGCAGGAGCUCAUUGCCCAAAACACCGGUGAAUCCGUUUCAUCCCGAAGACACGGCGAAGAUCGGCAACGCAAACAUCACCGCCCAGCUGCCUUCGACCGUCAAAUCCGCGACGCACAAUGCAGACAGCCUCUGCCAGACUCAAACAGACUCAGGACGCGGUCUCUGAACAUCUGGCGCUCUCUCGUGCCGCGAGCAGCUCGAUGCAUUGACUCCCGUCUCACAGCUGUUGUCAGAGGGAUGGGAAAGGGACGGGACCUCGACUAAAAUAAGCCUCUCAUCUGCGGUUUCACAGACGUCUCCUGCAGAGAUGCAGGACGGAUCGAACCGUGUGACUUGGAUGUUAUUAGUGAAGAGCAGUAAGACGCGGUCAAGGCUUUAGUUUGUGCCUUUCACCUCAUGCGAUCAGGGCUCCGAUGAGCUGUACUUUGAUGUUAAUGAAAGGUACAAUAUUCUGUGCUGUAAGCCAUGUUUUCAUACAACAGUGCAUGGAUACCAUACUGUUUCACUAGAGGUUUUGUCAUAGGUUUAGACCUCCCUAAGUUACGGCCAUGCACAACAAUAAGUUAAAAUUGUUUGUUUUGCAUCAGGAGCUAAAUGUGAUAUAUUCACGUUUUGAGCCAAUUAAAGAUACGAACGUGAGACUUGGUGUCUUUUAUUUCCAUCUCAUGUUGCUGUGAUCAGAUGGUGCCGAUCAGCUUUGAACCCUCUUCUGAUAUUUCACAUUAACUUAAACAUACAGCGAUCCUGACAAUGAACUCAUUCAACUCCGAACCAAAUGGGGUCAGCAGCUUUUGGGUUUUAUGGUCAGAUUAUGUUUCAGUUGAGGAAUUUAACUCCAUGUAAACUGGAUGGACACUCAAUGCGUCACUGUUCUUUUCGGACUUUGACCACAUUGGCGCUGACCUG